GAGAGAGAGCGAGAGAGAGGGGGAAGGACGCAGCAGAAUGGCGACCGUGCAGUGCUGCAAAUGCACGGCCGAAAGGAAGGGUUUUCGGCGGGAACUUGAUUCUUGGCGACACAAAUUGAUACAUUGCGUCGGCUUUGAAAGCAUCCUCGAGGGAAUCUAUGGCCCACUGCUGCUGAGGGACCUCAAUUUAUUUGAUGACUGUGAACCUGAAGAGGUGGACGACUGGUCCCCGGAAACAAGUUGCUCUCAAUGUUCAUUCUGCAACCUUCCCCUGGAAAAACUCAGCAGUGAUCAAGUACCUGCAGCCACUUCGCCCCUCUCCUCCCCCUCUGAUUACUCUCCCUGUCAGGCUCCAACCAUCUCUGAGAGCAGCCAAUCAGCGCACAGGUUCCUCCAAGCUGUGUUUCACAAAAAAGAUGUGUCCCUGGGCUGUGAUACCAACAUCCCUCCGGUUGUUCAGGAGCUAAUGAAAAAGAUGAUACAUCAGUUUGCCUUGGAGUACGCAUCCAAGUGCCUACUCCACACCAGUACAAAUGGUGUUACAACAAGGACCUCAUCACCUUUGCCACAACCAUCAGACUCCCCUCUGGACCUCACAGUGAGCCGCACUGGGGAGGAUAAAGAGAGUGAAAGUGACCCGGAUGGUGUGCUCGACCUCUCCAACAGAACCUCAGCCUGCUCAGCAACUUCAUCAUCUAUUCACAAAGCCUCAGGCUCCGUGCUGCCAUCAUUUAUGGAAGAAUUGGUUGAUCUGGGACAGCGAGGGACUAAGGGUCAUCAGAGCUCUGCAUUGGGUGCUGUUCUCAGCUCGCUCUGCUCAGAGCACCGUUCCUUACUCUACCAGAUCCUGAAGCUGGCGCGCCAGGAAAAAAUGCUGUUGCUCCUUAAUCACAGAGCUGUAGGUCAAACUGUAUCUCACUGCUGUCACUGGGGCGUAAACCCACAGGAUAUUGUUAGCCCUAAUACAGUCCCAUUUAGUGAAUGUAAAGCCCGUAACAGCAGCCCGUACUACCCUUUAAUUGAUUGUGAUAAUCAAGGUCACGGCAGCACAAUGUGUCAUCCAGGAGACUCCAAGUCCAACUGUAGCAUCCAUGACUACCCUUUAACAGACUGUAAAAGUGACACUCCUCUGUGCUCAAGCUACUGCUGUGUGCAGAGGUGCAGUUUGGAAACCUACACUGUUAUGUGCCCCAAGAGGCUGCAUUGCAUUGCCUGCAAAAGCCUUGCUGUAGGUCGUAUAAAGAACAUAACGUGUUCAUUUGCAUCCUCUCCUUCAUUAUCCAAAUCCCCUUCACUGCGCACUCCCUCCUCCAGUUUAUUCCCCUCCACAUCGAUCUGCUGUAACCAACACAACCCCCACUGUUGUCACUGUCAGUCAAACUGCCUGACGCAGUUCAGGAACACAAUAGAAAGAGGGGUUGGAGAUGGGGAUCCUCCUUGUCCUGUCCUGAAGAGAGAGCAGAGCCCUUCUCCUCCUCCUCUGUCCCCUAUCCCCUUGGACAUCAAUAAGAAAACUGAUGAAAAGCCACCCUCCCUCCUUCACCAUAGACAAGAGGAGGAAGCUGACCUAAUGGUUAAAGAUGGUCUUGUGAAUGCAAGCCAACUUAAAGCAGAUGUGGAUACAUCUGCAGAAGGGGAGCAAGGCUAUAGAAACUCAAGAAGUAGUCAGGCUGAGCAGAACCCAGGUGGGACUUCACUGCAAGACGUUGUGAAUCGCUUCAAUGAGAAACUGGAGACAAUCGGACCUAUAGAGAAGGAUCCACCCCUGGUUGCAACAGCUGUUAAUGUCUCUGAAAAGGAGAAGCAACAGUGUCCCUCAACCAGUCAGAACCUUCAGUGUGAGGCUGAUGCUCAUCUGACUGAAAUCAUCACCACCGUGCUUCAUACAGGCAGUGCUAGUGACUACAAUCUCAGUGAGCUGUUCAAUCGCCACGAUGUCAAAGAGCCCAAGUCACCUAACACCCGCUCCCGACGUCGCCAAGAAGUCCUUGCUGCUAUAGCAACACCUGCUGAUGAUGCUUCAACCAGAAGGCAUACCUUACAAAUUAAACGAGAGCUUGCCAUGUUGGACCAGAGCUACAGUAGGAGAAAGGUUCCAGCAAAGAGGGCACGAAAGGAUGGAAAUGUUACUGUAACUACAUCACCCACUUUAUCAGAUUUAAACCGAGUUAAAGAGGAGUCUAAAAGCGUAAUGGAGGUAGAUUUAGAGAGUCAUAGAGUUAGGGAGGAACCACUGAACAUUCUCACUGCAGAAAGUGAAAGGGAUGAAGUAAAAGAGGAGAUACACACAGUUAUAGUAACGGAAGAAGUUAAGAUCAUUAAAGCAAAGGAAAUAUCUGUUGAGGAAACAGAUCUUACCCUCUCAGACACUCAAAUACCAACCCCUGAGCUGCAGAGAAAGUAUGGCAUACAAGAUUCAAAGGGUGACAAUGCACAAACACAGGUGAUGUCAGUGAGUGCAACCUCAGAAAAUCAGUGUAGCGGGCCCAAUAAAGAAGUUGGUAUAGGUAGUGGUCCUAAUGGUGAUGAAAACAAUGAAAAAGCCCCACCUGGUCAAAGCUCUGACAGUGACAAUAGACCAGGUAAAGGUAAAGAUUGCCAUAGUCCUAUUAGAGAUGGGGAGAAAUGUCAACCACACCACUCAGAGGACACAAGGAGAUCCAAGAGAAAUAUAGUGCCCCCACAGCGGUUCUCCUCUUAUGUCACAGACACCUGGAAGAAGUACUAUGUUGCAAGUUUCCCUGAAAGCAUCUCUAACCAGGGAACACAAACGGACAAGGUAUUGACAUCCAACUCCCUUGGGGCUUUAUCCAAAGAUCCAGAUGCUGAGGACACCCAGUUUGAAUCAAGAAAUGAAUCCCAUCUGUCCUCACCUGAGGAAACAUUGAAUCUUACCUUUGAAUCAACACAUGGAGAACAAUCUGGGCCAUCCUACACAGAGUCAAAAGGUCUUUCUACAAACCAGGUCUUUCCACAAACUGCGGCUGCCAAAGACAAGAGUCCUAAAAAAAAGAGCUUGGACAAUAGGACAGAUGGCAGCGACUGUGCUGCCAAGCCUUUUGGAAGGCUACGGUCAUCUCCAAAAAGUCGACAGGGCUCAAUGGCACCUUCAAGAACUCCCCAAAACCCAUCAAAUACGGACGUCCCCAUGAUGUCUGCUACCUGUGUCGAGAACCCUCCCAACUCCCAUGUCCAGUACACUAGUCCGAUAAAACUCAUGUUUUUUUCACAAGUAAAGGAUAAGGAAGGGGUUAGAUACAGUCUCAAAUCAGCAUCUUCAGGUUCUAGUGCACAGGAACCCUUUGACCCAUGUAUAGAGUCUUCAUGGUCAGGGACACUUAAGAAACAAAAAGUCGAGAGAACUGAGCCUGUCACUUCACAAGUAAAAUCUAUUUCUUCACCACUAAAGUCUGCUACCUCACCUACAAGAUCUGCUUCUUCAACGCCUAAGUCAGCUUCUUCAUCAUCAAAGUCAGCCUCCUCACCAGCCAAGGCUGCGUCUUCAUCACCCAAGUCAGCGCUUACUACAGCUAAGUCUGCUUCUUCGCCCAAGUCAGCUUCUUCAAGUCCUAAGUCAGCUUCUUCACCCAAGGCAGCUUCUUCAUCAUCAAAGUCCGCUUCUUCACCAGCCAAGUCCGCUUCUACAUCACCCAAGUCAGCUUCUUCACCAGCCAAGUCCGCUUCUUCAUCACCCAAGUCAGCUUCUUCACCAGCCAAGUCAGCUUCUUCACCAGCCAAGUCAGCUUCUUCACCAGCCAAGUCAGCUUCUUCGUCCAAGUCAGCUUCUUCACCAGCCAAGUCAGCUUCCUCAUCACCUAAAAUAGGUUCCAGAAGAUCAGGCGAUGGUACUCCGACUAAGCGUGUAGCUGGAGCUGAGAGCCAGAGAUCUCCAGGUGACUCGAUAUCGUUCCAUGAAACCACCCCAAAAAGGCGUCCGGGGCGGCCCAAGAAGCUGGGACCUCAGCUUGAACAAAAGGCAAAGAGGCCAAUUGGUCGACCACGCAAGGAGAAGUCUGUGAAUUCCUUAAUGGGGGAAAAAAUGGUCGAUGGAAAAUCUGUUAUAGCAUCUGAAGUUGAGGAAAAUGUAAACAAGAACCUUAAAAUAACAGUAGUGUAUGGCCGUUCAAGGCGAAACAAACGAAUGGUAUCUGAGGGCUUUGACCAGCUGCAAACAGAAUUCCAUGAUGCUUGGCAAGCAGUGGGCCUUAAAGGUGACUUGGGCAUUUUAAUGCACAACUCUAAGACCAGCUCAGGUAAUAUCAAAGCAGCCUCAACAGAAUUGCCCAAGGAAUUACAUUUUGUCGGCCCUGUAAAAGAGUCUGCCCCUCAAUCUAGCAGUAACAUCAAAUGUCAGAAGAGGGAUGAUUCUGCACCCUCAAGGAAACCAGGUAGACCUGCAAAAGUUAAAAUCUCUGGGAUCUCAGUCACAGUAACCACAGUGUCACCUCGGCAGCGUAAAAUUCAGAUAAACAAGGAAACUCUGCAGUCUCCUGAAAUUCAUAGGAAAGUACUUCUACCAGAAUUCAAAUCUGCCAAAGAUCCCUGGACAAUCAGUCGUAAGUCAACAAGCAAAAUCCAUCAAACCGAAAAAGGGAUAGAAACAGAGGAUGGUAAAGGCAAACCGCAAAAUCAGACCGUAGCAGUGCGUCACUCAAUGAGAGUGAGAAAGCCCUCAAUCCACUUUCUGCACGCUGUUGCCACCUCUAGAUCAUACAGCCACAGUAAUGCUCUGCUACGGCGCUCCAAACAACUUCUGCUAAACAAGGCAAGCAAUGAAAGGAGACAGGGGGAGCAACAGAGUAGUGUGGAGACUUCAAGGGAGAAAAGACGGCUCUGUGGCCAAGAAAGGAACAACAACUCUCAGGACCUGAGCAGAGUGGCAGGGGUGUCAGUAGACUCAAUCUUUACCCCAAAAGAGACACUUAGGUGGUGGGCAGCAUCGGCCGAGGAACCGACUAUGAACCAGGAGCUUGCCAGGCGAAUACGACUCAUCUCUGACACUUGGGUCUCAAACACUGUGGAGAACCAAGAUAAAGAAACUGCCUUUAAAUCAAAUCUAGGCAAUAAAGUAAACAGUUCAUUAACCAGGAAUUCAAAAUAUUCCUCUGUUCGAAUGCUGUUUGACUGUCCUCCUAACAAAUCAAGGUCCUGUAGCAUGCAGCAGCUCUGCUCCUGGUUCAUGCAGACCACAGAGACGCAGUCUCUGGCUAUUGUCAAGAAAGCCAGCUCCCGUAAUCCUUACGAACUUAUGCACUUCCCUCGUUCUGCCAAUCAAAACAGCGUCGGCCAUAGCCCUCAGGCAGAGCGACUCCGCAAACACAUCAAGAAAUUUGCUAAAACUGUGCCAAAAAGUCCUCUGCAACACCAACGGGCUCAAACGAGGUUGAGGAAGAGAAACGACGCCCCUCUACCAAUACAUAAGAUCAGGCGACAACUUUUCACUCCCAGGUUUGCAACGGGCAGGCUCCGUCGAGGAGCCCAAUGGUGGAGACGAGUAUUUGGCAAAUACCGGACCACUCUAUGUAGAGCAAGGAUGCGGUUCCUAACCCGGAAAGAAAGGGAGAGCUGGCGUAAGAGGCAGAGGAACAAGAAAAACAUAAAAGCAGCUACCAGUUGUUCAAAUGGUCAUGUAGUGACUGGACCACAACCAAAACGUAAAUCAUUACGCAGAUCAGCAAAAGAUCAGUUAUCUGACUGUUUGGAGAACAGUUCUGCAACAAGUUCUGUUGACCAAACUCGGGAGCCUGUGGAUGUAACGAAAGAGCAGAACCUCUGCUCUAAAGCCUGGAGUCCCGAGACACUGAAGGAAUGCCGGGUGUUUCUGAGAAAGAUCAACUCUCCAGACAACGAAUCGACUGAGGAAGAGUGGGACUCCUGCACCGUGACACUGGACGACGGGUCACCUUCUGCAUACCUUUUUGCAGGAAGGGAGAGGGAACUGGUAGGAGUUGUUAAAGCUGUGAAACGUGAGAGAAAAAGGAGCACCGCCUCGAGAGAGCUAGCAAGUUCUGAACCUAGAUCAGUCCAUGUGCAGGAUGAGAUGCCAGCGGGGAGGCAGAGAGGCAAAUACAAAAGUCCUGGGCUUGUGUCUACUGAAUCACCGCAACCACCACCGGCGAAGAUGUUGAGACAAUCGCGAGUGAGGGGCCUAACCGGGCCGAGGUGGUGCGACUUUGUGUUUGAAACCUAAAGGAAGCAUGAAGCCUCCUCCUACCUGGGAAAGGGACUGUGGUUUAACGUGGUGCCUUUGGACAUUGAGCUGACCAUGUGGACUGACCAGCCCGCUAUGGUUCAGUCUUACACUCAGCAAUUAUGUAGCAGUCUAACUUAACAAAUGCUUGAUGUUGCACUAUUUUUAUCAGUGGAUAUGUAUGUACAGAAAUGUCAGAUUUUUUUUUUUUUUUUAUUAUUAUUAUUGUAAACCUGCCUUUGUCUUUCUGAACGCGUUUAGUAGAUCAAAUCAUUACAUCAAGAGAGUUUUAUUGGGAUAAUUGCUUUUACAGUGAGCUCUGUCAGAGUGGCUGUAUUGGAAGGAAAGGCAAAGCUUUGAUUGCAUAAAGACAGUGCCAUCUCUCCCCCCCACCCCCACCCCCCAAAAAAUAAAUCUCCUUAUUGAGGCCAUCGGACAGAGACCUUUUAUUGUAAAUCUUAACCUUAAACCAUUCAAAUGUACAGCCCUUAAAUCCCCCAAAAUUAAUUUAUUUCAUUUUUUAAUGUCAUUUUUAGUCGCCUUUACUUUGGCUCUGUUUAAAUCCCCAAUUGGUCAUUUAAAUUUAGUUUAGAUUUGACAGAAUGAUAUUGAAAUUGAGUUGACACCCUCUCAAUCCGAGCCUUGCUUGCAAUAUUUUUCAGUCACUGUUGUAUUGUGAGCCAGUAGCCAAAAACGUGGUGUGAAUGAAGGACUCCUUUGUAUUAGCCCAGCCCAACGUUUACCCUCGUCACUAUUUGUGCAUGGGCCUAAACUUUAAACUGUUGUAUUGAACUUCAGUAAUUGGCAAUCCACCUGUACUAAAACCAAAUAGUUUGUUAUCCAAACUUUAUCUUCAAGUCUUGCCACCAAACCGACGAUAACUCCAACGGACAUGUUCUGAGCGACUACAUAUUCAGCCCCACAAAAUGUAGAUGUACACGUGAAGCGAUGAAGAAAAGGCAUUAUGCAGUCGUAGAGAUUAGAACCAGAUUUGUUGGUUUGUGGGAAUCUGUCUUGUUUUAAUUCAGUUAUCUUUGUGAUCUUUGUGUAUCUUUUCGUUUUCACCCAAAGCAGAUACUGUAUGUUGGUGUCGGAUCUACUUCUUGCACUAUCCCGUCUGAGAUUAUUAACCCCACUACACAGAUUUCUUCCCCAUAUUUUGCACAUCCCGUGUCCCACUACCAAACCCUACUGUAAAACUAGAGAUCUAUUUGGUGCAAUAGAAACCCAGAUGAUUUAUCCAUAUGUAGUAAUUAUUUUAUUGCUGACAGACGAAUGGAUGUACACAAGAACCGAUGGCCUGGGAUGUUACUUACGAUUUUUUUCAAUAGCCAUGUAAUGUGAUCUUAAAGGAUAUUGCUUUUUUUUUUUCCCACCUGCUUUAUUCUCCUCAUCGAAGCAGAAAAAUAACAGAUUCCUAAUUUUCAUAAUAGCAUUACAUUUUUUUUAUUUUUUUUAUCAUAAACGUACUAGCAUUAUUUACUGUUUAAAUGCAGGUGGGAAACGUGUUGCUGUUUAAGGUUUCCCUCGAAUUUCUGUUUCAGCGAGAGACGCCUACCUCCACUGGGGUUCAGCUAGGCCUACUGCUCUUUCAGAUAUCAACCAUGUGAUGGGCGAGGCCAGAGAGAUGAUCGGUUAACACUAAUCUUGGAUCGGUAUUAUGUUAGAUGUAAAAUGGCUCCAAGAUGUCUCGCUGUAGGUCAAAACUUAAACCUGUAGUGUGUAUUGUCUGACUACCCUUGUAUGUAUGUCACUAUGGUUGCCAUUUCAACAGGAGGGAUGUGGGGCGGCCCAGUCUUGUGAUCAGCGCUCUGUUGAAGACCCUGGUGCUAAACAUCUGUUGUAUAUUUUCUUUAUCAUGUGUUUUUAUAUACUGUCCAUUACAGAUGCAACAAAGAGGCGUCUGUGAUUGGAACAAUAAAGUCUUUUGAAAAUAA